AUGAGGGUGCUGCCCCCUCGGCUGGACCCCGUGGGCGCGGGGCCGGGGCAGCCCCUGCGGCGAGGCGAGGUGGCCAUGUCCUUCCUCCUCGAUCUGGCUGGUUUCUCGCUGACAAUAACUCCAACGUAUAAUUUUGCAGGUGAAGUUGUCAGCAGGCUGGGGGUGAUCUACUCCCUGUAUGUCUCCGAGUACUUCUCCCAGAGUGCACAGAAGCUGUCUUUCUACAGCUGGUAUGGGAACGCCAAGCUCUUCCACUUCCAUGUGCCAGAAGACACCGUGCUGCUUCGCUGGCUCCUGCAGGCAUCCCGGGGGAAAGGACCUGAGUGCACCAACAUGGAGAUCACUGUGCACUUUCGCUACGGAGCCCCUCCUGUAAUUAAUCCCCUGGGCACUCGUUUUCCUGCAAAUGCCACUGUCCGUCCUUCCUACAGCAUAAGCAUCACUCUGAGCAGUGCUGUGCAAAACACCACCUUUGUCAACGUCACCACCCCUGCUGCCGGAGACUGGUUCAUCGCUGCCCAUCUCCCGGAGGCUGCGGGCAGGAUCGAAGUGAAGGGUUUCUCCACUCCGUGCCCCUAUAUGUUCCAGGCAGAUAUGUUUGUGCUCAGGCUGGCUGAUAUGCCAGUGCUGGAGCCUGGUGUUGCCAGGCCACAGACCGUCGUCUCGCCUGCCAAGCCGCUGCACGUCAAGGUCUUCAUUCCCAAGCACGCUGCAGGGAUGACGUUUGAGCUGCGAAACUGCCUGACAAGCGAGCAAAAAGCGUGUGCCGUGCGAGUGGUGCUGGGCUCCAUCACGCUGCCCCAGUCCUUCCAGAGGAUCAUCACCUGCGUGGGGAGGGUAAACUGCAGCCUGGCCCUGGAUUCGCCCCCCUGGGAGAAGUGGCUGCAGAUCAUGGUGGAGAGUCUCGGCGCUGCCAAUGCCAGUGUGUCAGUGGAGAUGCUGGCCACUUUCAGAGACUCCUGUGAGCAUCUAUGGGUGGCUGUAGCCCUGCAGCCUGUCCCCAGCAUCCACCCCAGUGACUGCUGUGCUCUCUCCCUUUCAGACUCCCUGUAUGUCUCCGAGUACUUCUCCCAGAGUGCACAGAAGCUGUCUUUCUACAGCUGGUAUGGGAACGCCAAGCUCUUCCACUUCCAUGUGCCAGAAGACACCGUGCUGCUUCGCUGGCUCCUGCAGGCAUCCCGGGGGAAAGGACCUGAGUGCACCAACAUGGAGAUCACUGUGCACUUUCGCUACGGAGCCCCUCCUGUAAUUAAUCCCCUGGGCACUCGUUUUCCUGCAAAUGCCACUGUCCGUCCUUCCUACAGCAUAAGCAUCACUCUGAGCAGUGCUGUGCAAAACACCACCUUUGUCAACGUCACCACCCCUGCUGCUGGAGACUGGUUCAUCGCUGCCCAUCUCCCGGAGGCUGCGGGCAGGAUCGAAGUGAAGGGUUUCUCCACUCCGUGCCCCUAUAUGUUCCAGGCAGAUAUGUUUGUGCUCAGGCUGGCUGAUAUGCCAGUGCUGGAGCCUGGUGUUGCCAGGCCACAGACCGUCGUCUCGCCUGCCAAGCCGCUGCACGUCAAGGUCUUCAUUCCCAAGCACGCUGCAGGGAUGAGGUUCGAGCUGCGAAACUGCCUGACAAGCGAGCAAAAAGCGUGUGCCGUGCGAGUGGUGCUGGGCUCCAUCACGCUGCCCCAGUCCUUCCAGAGGAUCAUCACCUGCGUGGGGAGGGUAAACUGCAGCCUGGCCCUGGAUUCGCCCCCCUGGGAGAAGUGGCUGCAGAUCAUGGUGGAGAGUCUCGGCGCUGCCAAUGCCAGUGUGUCAGUGGAGAUGCUGGCCACUUUCAGAGCUUGCAGGCUGGGCAGUACCAGUUCAUUCCUUAACUUCAACAGCCUGAACCAGAGCCAGACUGGUCCCAGACCGGGUAGCGCAGGAGCAGCAGGGAGCCCCUCUCCAUCUACCGGAGGAGCUUCACGCAACGUGUCCGACCAGAGGAGCUUGUGUCUGCAGAGCCAGCCCGUCGUUCGUGAGGACCUGGAUGUGGUGUCUGUGCGCUACAGGCUCUUGAAUGGUCCCAGUGUGCCCGUGAACUCCCUCUCCCCAACCCUCCUCCUCCUCAACAUGAACACCGGCAUGGACAGCGGGGGCUCCCUCGUGGUCAGUCUCCUGCUCAACAAGACAUCCUUGAGCCUGUCCAACGCCACCGUGGUAGCCUGUGUGAGUGCUGCGUCGCCGGUCCUGUCCCUCAACGCCACGCACAACUGCAGCACAGCUUUUUUCCAGGGCUACCCUCUGAGCGUGAGCACGUCCUCUGCGGAAGCGAUGCUGAUUGUCCUGUACCCGCAGACGGAUGACUGGUUCCUCUCCCUGCAGCUCCUCUGCCCGAAGGGCCAGGGUGAAUGUAAUGCCGCAGAAGCCAAAGUGACCGUCUUCGCAUACCUCACCCCCUGCUUCAACGACUGUGGGCCCUACGGGCAGUGCAGCCUCCUGAGAAGACAUGGCUACCUCUACGCCGGCUGCAGCUGCAAGGCUGGUUGGGGCGGGUGGAGCUGCACGGACGAUACCAAGGCGCAGUCUGUCGGUGCACAGAACCUGGCCACCCUCCUGCUCACCCUGAGCAACCUCAUGUUCCUGCCGGCCAUAGCGGUUGCUGUUUAUCGCUACUACCUGGUGGAGGCCUCCGUGUACACCUACACCAUGUUCUUCUCCACGUUCUACCAUGCAUGUGACCAGCCAGGCGUCGCGGUGAUGUGCAUCAUGGACUAUGACACACUACAGUACUGUGACUUUUUGGGCUCCGUGGUGUCCAUCUGGGUGACGAUCCUGUGCAUGUCCCGGGUGAAGAAGAUCCUGAAAUACGUCCUUUUCGUCUUGGGGACCCUGUUAAUUGCCAUGUCCCUGCAGCUGGACCGCAGAGGGGUGUGGAACAUGAUGGGUCCCUGCCUCUUUGCCCUCGUCAUCAUGAUUGCAGCGUGGGUUUACCACGGCGUGAAGCGCAGACACUGCUACCCCUCCUCGUGGAAGCGCUGGGUUUUCUACCUCCUCCCAGGGAUCACCUUGGCUUUCAUCGCCAUGUCAGUAUAUGCAUUCAUGGAAACCAAUGAGAACUACUACUACACCCACAGCAUCUGGCACGUGCUGGUGGCUUUCAGCGUUGCUUUCCUGCUUCCUCCUCGGGACAAGCAUAAGAAGCCCUGGGCCUGGUCGCAGAAGCUCACUUGCCGCUAUCAGAUCUGCCAGAAUGACCGUGAGGAGCUCUACGCUGUGACCUGAACUGCUGGGCUCCCGGUGGCAGAGAUGGAGGGCUCAGGAGGCUGCUCUUCACCUGGGCUGCCCCUCUCUGUGGCAUGUCGGCCAUUCCCUUAACAUGCUCAUUCACUAGCCAGGAGAGCAUAGCACUGACCAGGUUUAAAGAGGACAAUGGUGGGGCUUGUCUCGUGAAGGCAAGGCCACCUCUGCUUUUCUGCUGGGACGGGGCAGGCUCUUCAUGGUUCUAGAUCAAGGAAUAGCCUGUCCCCCACCUCCCAACGGCCCUGGGGUGGGAGGCAGAAAUUGCCAACCCUUCCUCCCCUCCUGCUGCCUCCAUCAGGCUUGGGCUUUGCCCAUGCUGAGCUGGAGCUGGGGCUUUGGCUGCUGGGCUCUUCCCUGCACACCCUGUCUCCCUGAACCCAAGAGAAGAAUGGGUUUCUUCUGAUCUGGAGGUGGGGGGCAGAUGCUGCCAUGUGCCCUUGGUGCUGAUGGGGAGGGAGGGAGUGCUCUCGGUGUGCCCUGAGCCCUUGGCCACCAUCUCCGUGGGGCUCUGGAGCCUUUCUCCCCAUGGAAUGGCUGGUGCUGCUCUUACCUCUUCCUGAUUCUGGGGGGGGGCAGAGCGAGGCCGGGACUUGGGCCCUGGAUUCAGGAUCAGACUUGGCAGGAAUGUGAAAAAAACCCCAACCAAACAAAAAAAAAACCCAACCAAACCCUCGCAGGGACGUGCAAGAGGCAUCGGCAGCACCUCGCCCUGAGCUGUGGAACCCCUGGCAGCGCAGGGUUUAGUCUUAUGUCUAAUUUUAGCCUCCUUAGGUCAUCUGGAAGGAGCCAGGCUGCUGCAUUGUCCUCUUCCUCCCUCCAUCUUCAGGUGUUCAUCGUCUUCCUCCCUUUUGUGGCUUGGGCACACGUGGCUCUGCUGGGGGGGGAAGUUGAGGAUGGUGUCUGAACUCCCCAGCCCCUGCUUCUCCAUCCUCCUGGAUGUGCUGCCGGGUGGUGGCCCAUCUGAGGCCAUCGGCGGUGUCCCACCCCAGCCAGGAGCACGGCCCUGGGCUCUCCCCUCGGAUGGCCACCAUCUCCUUCGCAGCAUCUGCCUCGCCUUAGCCUUACCCUGGCCUCAGGAAGCCGGGGCAGAAACUUGGCCACCAGGCGAGUUGUCCUCGCCUGUCCUUACUCCACAGCCAAGGGCUCAAACGCCUCCUUUCCUUGCUGGUUUAUUCCAGCUGCGGGGGGUGGAGAGGGGUGUGUGUGUGUCUGGUGUGGAGCCCCCUCAGGAAAGAGCUAUUCCUGAAGGAUUUGUCCUCCCAGUUUAUAGGAAAACGGGUUUAUUUCUUUGCUUGGAGGAGCUCCCGGCCUUCUGCUCAGCUCUGCACUUUAUCCCUCCCCGGCCCCCGCUCCUUCGGGGGACGAAGGGGGGGCUCUUCUGCGCCCACCCCUGUCCCCCCCAUGUCCCCCCCUGUCCUUCAGCCGCUGGGACGUGGGGCCCUGGGGCCUCCCUCCAACUUUUAUCACUUUUAGGCACUUUUUUCCUCCCCUCACCCUCCCCUUCUCAUUUUGCACAGUGGCGUGGCACCUCCUUUACGGCCGUGGCCCUGGUGCUGCCAUUAC